AUGAUACCAGAUGAUGACGCCAUCCAUUCAGAUAUCUUUGCCACGUCGUCUUAUGAAAAGGGCGAGGGUGGUCGAAUCGCCGUACCCUCAAAGCUCUACAUCCAGAAACCGCGAACUUCCAUGAGCAAGUAUACUGAUCUAACAAGGUGCUGGAUUGUAGGAAAGACAGAGUACUCUACAUUUGCGAAGCCUGAAACACCCCUUUGCCAUUGCAUUGACUAUUCCCUACCAUGGAAACCACGAGACGAUGGAUACCAAGGUCUGUCGGGUAGCUCCAGUGGCGCAAACGCCUCUGCGAUCGGCUACGACUGGCUUGAUAUCACUGUUUGCACAUCAGCAAGAAUACUCCAAGUCCUCGCAUAUUAA